ACGCAGGAAUGGUGACAAAUCGGACCUGCCUGGGGAACGUGACGUGUAACAUCGACAACUUCAAGCACAUCGUCUACCCUGCCACGUACCUGAUCAUCUUCGCCCUGGGCCUGGUGGGCAACCUCUUCUCCCUGUGCGUCUUCCUGAGUGUGUGGAGGAGGAAGGGGACCCUGACCUCCGUCAAUCUGUACCUGGUCAACCUGCUGCUGUCCGACCUCACGCUCGUGUGCUCCCUCCCCUUCCGCGCCGCGUACUUCCUGAUGGGCUCCAACUGGGUCUUUGGGGACUUCACGUGUCGGCUCAUCUCCUACAUUUUCUACAUCAACAUGUACGGCAGCGUCUACUUCCUGACGGCGCUGAGCAUAAUGCGGUACCUGGCUGUCACCUGCCCCUUCAAGUACGUGCGACUCCAGAGCAGCCGGGGCGCCAAAGUGGUGUGCCUGCUGAUUUGGCUCUUUGUGUCCCUGGUGUCCACCCCUCUGCUGACUUCCGGGACCAACCCACAUGGCAAGGACCGGGUUCAGUGCCUGGAGCUGGGCGAUGACGACUUGGAUGUCCUCGUGUACAUGAACCAUGCCACCAUCUUCCUGAGCUUCAUCCUGCCUGUCUUCAUCAUCUCCUUCUGCUACUUCUUCGUGGUGCGGAGUCUGCUCAAGCCGCGGGAGGUGCGGGGGACCAAGAGGCCCAGCUACAGGAGGUCUUGCGCCCUGGUCAUCAUCGUCCUCGCCAUCUUCCUGGUCUGCUACCUGCCAUACCACGUGGUGCGGACGCUCUUCCUACAGGCCGAGCAGGAGUUCCGCCGCAGGAGUGGAAGUGAGGUCUCCUGCGAUUACAUUGAGAGGGUACGGAAAGCCGCUGUCAUCACACUCUGCCUUGUCACCUCCAACAGCUGCCUGGACCCCAUCCUUUUCUUCUUCGUUGGGGAGAACUUCAGGGAAUUCUUCCACAGGAAACAUAAAAAAAUAGUCCGUGAAAGCAAGCGUAGGACGGAGAACCGCCAAGCCAGGACUGAACUCCAGGGACUAAAGCCCAAAGAAUGCGAGUGCCCAGAGGAAAUAAGGAGGGGGUAAAACAAGGGCUCUGUCCAGGUUUCAUCAUUCUGAGAAGCAUCAGUGGACUCAGACACAGACAGAGGGCCCUGUUAAUCACGGGGAUAGACCUCAGCCCAGAGGGCAGGAAGUUACCACUUACAAUUAUCCUCUUCAAGAGAAUUUACG